AUGAAAGACGACCACGAACAAGGAAAAGACGACCACGAACAAGGAAAAGACGACCACGAACAAGGAAAAGACGACCACGAACAAGGAAAAGACGACCACGAACAAGGAAAAGACGACCACGAACAAGGAAAAGACGACCACGAACAAGGAAAAGACGACCACGAACAAGGAAAAGACGACCACGAACAAGGAAAAGACGACCACGAACAAGGAAAAGACGACCACGAACAAGGCAAAGAUGACUACGAACAAAGAAAAGACGUCCAGACACGAGAGAAAAAAAAGCAUCGGAGGAGGCAGAUUGGGCAGGAUAAACUGGAAGGACAGAAUAACAAAUAUUGCAGUACAAGAAAAGCUGAAAGUCCAAAGACACCUACUGUCGAGAAUCAAGUCCACAAAGCUAUCAUAUUUUUGGACUUACAAUGCGCCACGAGUCAUUGCCAAGACAAUCCUGACAAUGUGCAAGAGUCCGUCAAAGACUGGCAAUGCCUUUGUUCAGAUUCUCACUAUGACACAAUGUGCACUUCAGAAUCAUAUUCCCUAUCAUGUAAACCACUUCAAACAUUAUUUUAG